CAAAGAAGGGUGGCAGACCAACCAUCCCUCAGCCGAAGACAUUGUGAAGAUGUGGAAGCCAGCCUCAAGAGAAAAUGUUGAGAGUGAUAAGCAUGUCCUGAAGAGCGUGGCUUCACAGAUGUGGAAGGGUGUCACCAUAAAAAAGUUUGGUGGAGAGAAAGGGCUCGGAGUGGUUGCAACCAGGCAGUUUUCAAGAGGUGACAUCAUCUGUGACUACCAUGGUGAAGUCAUCACAGCGAAAAAAGGGAAUAAGAAGAUCGAGGCCGUAACUGACAAUGCGGCAUACAUGUUUUUCUUCACUUUUCGGGAGAAGCAUCUCUGCAUUGAUGCCCAAACCCAUCCCUGCAAGUGUCACCCAGAGCUGGAGACGGUUGGAAGACUAAUAAACCAUUCUUCAAAAAGGCCAAAUCUGAAGCCGCUUCAGUGCCUGCUGCAUGUUGAUGGGAAGGACACAGUGGUAAUCCUGUUCAAGGCCCUGACAGAAAUUAAAGUGGAUGACGAACUGAAAUUUGACUACGGUGUGAAACGGAAGUCCUUUAGAGGAGAGGGGCUGGACCUGCAGUGGUUAGAUGAAUAAGGUCACCAUUGCUCCAGAUAUGGGGCCUCCAGUCCCUCUUUUCCUUUCCUCCACCACCCUCCAGUCUGGAAUUCCUUGUAUACAUUUUUUUUGUUUUCCUUCACGCGUGUUUUUUUUUUUUAUGCAUGCUUUUAUACA